UCCGGAGCCAGAUGGCACUGAAGCAGCCACAGGCCAAGCCCUGUGGUGGGGAGUAGAGGGCCAGGCCUGCACUCCACCCCGUGUGCAGAAGCCCGUUAACCCUUGCGUAGCCCCAAGGAGCCGGCAAAGGCGAGGAGGGAGAGGCAGAAGGAACGCUUUCCAAAGAACCCAGGCGUCCUGCUAAGGGGCGAGGGGCUUUCCGACCUUAAUUAACCCUCUCUACCCACCCCACCCAAGCUAGCUUGCUGGCUGGGUGGGUGGGGGGGAAGAGGCGUGAUCGGAGGCUAGGAAGGGCAGCGGCGGCCGCCAAUAGGAGUCCAAGGAUGCUUCCUUUCGCCCGCCCUUCUGUCCAAUGACGAGGCUGCGGAGGCGCGAUCCUUGUUAAGCGCCUGGAAAAAGUCCGACGGUGGAAGCGAUGGUGAGCGGCGUCGCGAGAGCCAGGUGAGGCAAUGGGCAGCCCCGAAGACGACUUGAUUGGGAUCCCUUUCCCGGAACAUAGCAGCGAGCUGCUGGGGAGCCUGAAUGAGCAGCGCCGGCGGGGAGUUCUCUGUGACGUGACCCUGCGGGCCCAGGGCUCAGAAUACCGGACCCACCGGGCUGUGCUGGCCGCGUCCAGCCGCUACUUCCAGCGGCUCUUUGCGGGGCCCGGCAUGGGCGUGUGCGAGCUGGAUUUUGUGGGGGCCGAGGCUCUCGGGGCCUUGCUGGACUUCGCCUACACCGCCACGCUGACCAUCAGCACGGGCAGCCUCGGAGAGGUCUUGCGGGCCGCCCGCCUCCUUGAGAUCCCAUGCGUGAUUGCUGCUUGCAUGGAGAUCUUGCAGGGCAAUGGCCUGGAAGCCCCCGUUCCCGAUGACGCUGCCCGUGAGCGCGCCCGGCGCUACUUGGAGGCCUUUGCCACCCUGCCCAGUGCUGAAGGGGACCUGGCCGAGCCCCUGGUCUACCCAGCCCCCCGCCGUAGCAAGAAAACCCGCAAAUUUCUACAGACCAAGGGCUCCCGCCUCAACAACCAUGUCGCUGAGCUGUCCCUGUCACCAUCUCCUUCUUCUACGGGGACGCAGGAGCGCCCGAGCCCUCCCAGCCAAACCUCUCCUGCACCAGCCCUCAUCCACCCCCGAGAGGAUGACGAAGAGGCGCUCGUGCUCUCUCGUAGCUUCCCAUACCAGUACACCCCAGGCCUCUCCCCAGAAGAUCUGGGUUCGGACGACGAGCCCGUUGAGCACGACAUUGUGUCCUACAUGCGUGCACUGAACCCAGCGGGUCUGUCCCGGGGUCUCGACCCCCCUGACAAGCUAGUGCGUAAGCGUCGUUCACAGAUGCCCCAAGAGUGCCCUGUCUGCCACAAGGUUAUCCACGGCGCCGGCAAACUACCCCGCCACAUGCGCACCCACACCGGGGAGAAGCCGUUCGCCUGCGAGGUCUGUGGGGUCCGUUUCACGCGGAACGACAAGCUCAAGAUCCAUAUGCGGAAACACACGGGCGAACGCCCCUAUUCUUGCCCGCACUGCACGGCUCGUUUCCUGCACAGCUAUGACCUAAAGAACCACCUGCACCUCCACACGGGCGCUCGCCCUUAUGAGUGCUGCCUGUGCCACAAGGCCUUUGCCAAGGACGACCACUUGCAACGCCAUCUCAAGGGCCAGAACUGCCUGGAGGUGCGAACGAGGCGCCGGCGUCGCGGGGCUGAGCAUGAACCCGACUCUGUGCCCCCAGCGGGGAUGCCCCCAUCCUCCACCGACCUCGACUUGACCAAUGGGCAGACGGAGGGGCUGUGCCUCUCCCUUGCCCGCCACUACUGGGAUCAGGCCCGUGCCCAUCAAGCGGCGUCUCCUCUCCCUAAAGAAGAGGAAGAAGAGGAGGAGGAGGAGGAAGGCCGUGAGGAGAGGAUGCUGACAGAUGGUCCGCCGGCGAUAGAAAUGGUGUAGGGCCCAAGACUAGGCCCUAGCCCUGCCUUGCCUGGGCUGUUGCCGUGGUGACUCUCCAGGGACUAGGCCAUGGACCAGGCCAAGAUGCACGAUUUCCCCCCUUCUGUUGCCGUGGCAACCACAUGGUACCAGGCUCUUGAGAUGCACUGUGCCCUUCCCAUUCCUAGUGUGCUGAUUUGGUGCCUUUAGCAGCCUCUUCGAGAGUUAGGGGGCAAUUAUGAACCAAAGCAGGUGAGCGGGUGGGCACAGCAAAGCAAGGAGGGGGGUGUAAGCUCAGGAUCGCAGAAAUAAGCAAUUAAAUAGUGGUAGUACUAAAAAAAGAGAUAAAAAUGGCAAGAGGAUUAACUUUGGGGAGGGGGAGUGGAUGGCGGUCCCCCAGACCCUGCACUUUUGGGGUAUUCCCAUCCCCAUGUUAGGGAGGGUGGACAGCCAGAGUUAUUUAUUUAUUUUACGGAAAGGAUGGGUUGACGAUCUUUAGAAGAGGUGCCAGGGUUCGAUUCCCUUGUCACUGCAGAAAUUUGUUUCUGAAGGAGAUCUCUAUAUUCUUCCUGCUGCUGAGGCUGGCAGCUGUUUUUUUUUGGGGGGGGAAGUGGCAGCUCACGCCAGGCUUGCAACUUUUCCUUUGCGUGGUGGGGGGUGGGGAUGGGGGUAUUUUCUCACCCAGGGCGUGCAUCUACUGCACUUCAUUUUUGCAACGAUGAGCCGCGCUAAGCUCUUGAUGCCUGUCCCUCUUCUGGCGUCCUUGCACAGUGCGAUGGGCUGGUCCCAGCACCCUCGGCCCCUUCCCUUGGGGCAGGAUGUCUUCUGCCCCACAGCUCUUCCCACACCCACCCACAAUCACACGUACAGAGCUCCUUGCAAGAAAAUAAAUUUUAGCACUUGUGGUUGCCAUCAGCCUGGGGUUCACCCCCUUCCCAAAUACGGACGUUUUAUUCCAAAACAAAAGGUAUCAUGGACCUUUGCACAAAGAAGCAAUGGCCCCUUUGCAUGCCCCCCACCUUUGCUCACUUUAAUCUCCCUCCCCUUCACAUCCUAUAUGACUUCAUUGCACUAGGGUUUGCCAGCAAUUUUAGGAGGGGGGUGUUUCGGACUGGCACACCUCUCAGUGAUGGUUAGGGAUCAGGUCUAUUUCCCCACUAUCAUUGUUUGCACAUUCCAUAGAUUUCCCCCACUGCCACCCCUCUGGAGGGGUGAGAUAGCUUGCUGGGGGAGGCUAGAGUGGGUGGUGGGAGACGUCCAUCCCUAGAGUAUUAGCACAGAGUUUAAUCUAUAUUUAAGAGAUGAUGUAAUAUAUUAUUCCACCCCUCUGAUUGUCCCUCUGCCCCAGCCGUUCCCAAUUUUCUCCCCUACCCUCCCAGCAGGAAGUGUGGCAUGGGGGGAAUCUCUUGUCUGGUGAAAAGAGCAGGGGCAGGUCUUGAGUGAGCCCCAUAUUGUCUUCCCUGGCUUUUUAAAAAAAGUGCCUGUAUGUUUAAACUUGAAUCUUUAGCUACUUGAAAUGCAAAACGGAUUGUUGGUUUCUUCCUCUGCCCUGCCCCCCCCCGCAAUAUCUCGGCUAA